GGCUCUAUUAACGUUAUUUUGGACAAAAAAAUGUUAAUGGAUAUUUCUAUCAAAACUAAAAAAAAAAAAUAAUAAAAAAAAUAAAAAAGUAAUUGUUAUCUUUAAGGUAAUUCUAAACAAAAUUAUGUCCGAGAGGUUUUAAAAAAUUCAUUCAAGUAAAUCUAAACAAAAUUUUCCGGACAUAAAACAAUUACCCGAAAAAAACAAAACAAAAAAAAAUAAAAAAAAUAAAAAAAAAAAUGUUCUCGUCUCUAAUGUAAAUUCGCCAACAAAGUUGUUAAAAGUAGCAUAAUAUUGCAUACUGUCUAUAAUGAAAGAAAACUAUCGCAAGGUUCACCAGGUCUCUCUUUCUUUCCAACCCUCCCCUCAUAUAUUUUCCCUAAUAAUCGAAAAUUCUCAAAUCGCCAUAUACCAGAAACGAUUAAAGCUUCGAUUUAGCAGAUUUAACUUUGAAUUCACGCCAAUUUAUUCUCCAACAAGAAAUACCGGGUGCAAAACCCUUCAAUUGCUUCAACCAUCUAUGAAUCUGCUGUAGAAUUGGAAUCAACUUGAAUAUUUGCAUCCAAUCGCUCAAUUUAUAAUCAUCGGUUUGCUGAAAUGAGGCCAAUUAGGCUUCCUGAACCUCCCACUAGUCCCAGGGGCAUGCCAGAGAUCUUCGAAGGAGGUGUUUUUGGUGUAAUUCGACGUGCCGUCAUUAUCGGCAACGGAUUCCCAGGUGCAGAAAACCAGUGUGUUGGCUUGGUUCGUGCUCUUGGGCUCUCCGACAAACACCUCUUCUAUCGUGUUACAAGGCCCAGAGGAGGAAUCAACGAGUGGCUUCAUUGGCUUCCUGUUUCGCUCCAUAAGAAAUUGGAUUACAUCAUUAGACAAAUGUGUGUUUAUUCACAUGUUUGGUUUCUGUCAAGAGAGAAGAAAUCUAUUUCCCUUUCUUCAAAUACCUUUAGCAGUGUUGGCUUAUCAUCUGUUUUGGAAGCUGAUGUGAAGCAGAUAGUGAGCAUGGCCCAUAAAACUUUUGAAAAGGAUGGCCCUUUAUUGGUGAUUGCGUCUGGAAGGGACACAAUAUCUGUUUCUAGCUCCGUCAGACAGCUGGCAUCUGAUUAUGUGUUUGUUGUACAGAUUCAACAUCCAAGAACACGUUUAGAUAGAUUUGACAUGGUUAUUACACCUCGCCAUGAUUACUAUCCCUUAACUCCUGAAGCACAAGAGCAGAUCCCUCAGUUUCUCCGACCAUGGAUUACUCCACGUGAACCACCUGGUAGGAAUGUGGUCCUCACUGUUGGUGGUUUGCAUCAAAUUGAUUCUGCUGCCCUACGAAGUGCAGCGAAAACAUGGCAUGAUGAGUUUGCUUCUCUGUCUAGGCCAUUGCUUGUUGUCAAUAUUGGGGGCCCCACAAGCCAUUGUCGAUAUGGUGCUGAUCUUGCGAGACAACUGAUAGUAUACUUACAGAAUAUUCUUUUGAGCUGUGGUACCAUAAGAAUAUCUUUUUCAAGAAGGACCCCAGAGAAGGUUUCCAAGAUCAUAUUGAAAGAAUUUGGAGAUCAUCCUAAAGUUUACAUAUGGGAUGGUGAAGAGCCAAAUCCACAUCUAGGGCAUCUAGCUUGGGCCGAUGCUUUUGUCAUCACUGCAGACUCAAUCAGUAUGCUGAGUGAGGCUUGCAGCACCGGGAAGCCUGUUUAUGUGAUUGGAUCUGAGCGUUGUAAGUGGAAAUUUGCAGACUUCCACAAUACUCUCAAGGAGAGAGGCCUUGUUAGGCCCUUUACUGGUUCCGAGGAUUUAACAGAGAGUUGGAGCUAUCCUCCACUCAACGACACUGCUGACGCUGCCUGUAAGAUACACCAAGCACUUGCUGAACGUGGAUGGACUUUGCGAGCAUAGAGGAGCUCCUAGGCAGUUGUGGCUCUUUGUUUCAAGUUCAAUCUAUUCUUCAACAAUUUGUCUAAUUAUUCCAGACAUAUGGAAGCAGAGGUGAUGAUUUAUUACAUAUGGAGUAUUGGUUUUUGGCAUGUUAAUAUAUUCUUUUUUUGUAUGGUUAGUGUUUACUGAAGUUAGCGGCUUGUAAAAAUACAAGAGGGACACUUUUUUUUAAAAAAAAAAAAAAAUUGUAUUGAAUGCUACACAGUAUUGUGAUAUGAGUAUUAAUUGUUCUUUUUUCUUUA